AAUGAUAACUAAUUUUGAUAAUCAAUUUUAGAAUGAGUUUAUCUGAUUAUGCACAAAUCUAAUAAACAAUUCUUAACAUCCAUGUGGCUAUAAAAUGUUUGAGACUCGGUAAUAUUAAAUAUGACAUAUCAUUAUUAAAAGUAAAAUGAGAAGGUCUAAAAUAUGACAUAUCAUUAUUAAAAGUAAAAUGAGAAGGUCUAUGUGAUUCUCUUUGAAACAGACUAAUAAAAAAAUAUUAUGUAACAUGAGUAGUAGUUCUUCUAUAAAAGCUCAACAAGAGCACCCCAAUCACUACACACUUUCAUCAUCUAUAUUUUUUUUAAAAAAAAAUGUCUAACUACUUCCUCAUUUCCCUUCUCACCCUCUCUCUCUUCCUGGUGGUUACCACCAUUGAGUCGGCGGAGCUGUUUGUCCCCGCCGGCUGUCCUUUGCCUGACCAUAACCUUAAUUACCGGCCAGUCAUCGGGAUUAUCAGUCAUCCCGGUGACGGAGACUCCGGUCGAAUAAAUAAUUCGACCGGAGUGUCCUACAUUGCUGCUUCGUAUGUGAAGUUAGUUGAAUCAGGGGGUGCUAGGGUCAUUCCACUUCUUUUUGAUGAUUCACCUCAACUUCUCAAUCAAAAACUUAAUCUUGUAAAUGGAGUGAUCUUCCCAGGAGGGUGGGCUAAGAAAGGGCACUAUCUUGAGACUAUCAAAGCAAUUUUUGGGAAAGUUUUGGAGAAGAAUGAUGCCGGAGAACAUUUCCCUCUCCUUGCCAUCAACCAUGGAUUUGAGCUUUUGAUGAUGAUCGUAUCCAAGGACAACAACAUUCUUGAGAAAUUCAGUGUAUCAAAUCAGGCAACCAAACUUCAUUUUGUGGAAACUGUAAAUAUUGAAGAUACAAUAUUUGGGAGGUUCCCACCUACAUUAAUAAAGAAGUUGAGUAAAGAAUGUCUUGUGCUACAAAGUCAUAAGUAUGGUUUAUCACCAGAAAAAUUUCAAGCAAAUGAUGAUCUAUCUAGCUUUUUCAUUAUGUUGACUACUAGCACAGACACACGCAACAAGGUCUAUGUCUCUACUCUUAAAGCAGAGAACUAUCCCAUAACUGCUUUACAGUGGCACCCAGAGAAAAGUGCUUUCGAAUGGGGAUCAUCAGCAAUCCCACAUUCUGAAGAUGCAGUUCAAGUGACUCAACUUGUUGCCAACUAUUUUGUCAGUGAAGCAAGAAAGUCUUCUAACAAACCAGAAGCUCAAAAAGUACUUGACAAUCUCAUCUACAAUUACAAACCAACUUAUACUGGAAAGAUCGGGAAAGGUUACGAUGAGGUUUACGUUUUCAACAGUCCUGCUGUGAACUCUGUUUAGAUGCAGAGGAAAUGCAUAUGACCUAAGUAAGAGUAUUAGAAUAACCGCGAUGGUAUGAUUAGGUAAUUGAAGAGAUAUUUCGAGUUGUAAUUGAACUUAUUCAUGCUUCAAGCAAUCUGCAGUUUCAUUUUGGAAAAAAAAACUAGUUUAUAUGUACUAAUAGAAUGAAAUGCACAUAACAAAAAGUUUGGAAUUGACAUCCAAUUUCUCACAAUUA